CAAAUAUAAAACAAGAUAAUUGAGGCCACCGUGACAUUCAAAGAAUAUAAAAGCUUUCGCUUGCAUAUUCUAAAUUCACAUCUUCAAUAUGGAUUUGAAAGCUGUUGUGGUUUCUGGAGAAGCACCAGAAUCUGAUGAUGAGAAUACAAACAUUGCCACUGUUAUGGGAUUUCCUUCUAUGCGGAAUACCAAUUACUGUGGUACUAUCAUUUCUGGUGAAGCUCCAGAAUCCGAUGAUGAUGGAACAAGUUUGAGCAGUAUUAGCGGGGCAGUCGAUGCUAUGGCUUGUAUGCCCUAUGCUGAAAUCAAAAUACCAAAAUCAAAAAAAAGUUCCAUAAAGUACAACAGUUUAUUACAUAAGAAAUUACACGAUUGCAAUGAAGCAUUGGAUAAAGAUUUUAUGCAAAUGACCGAGGAAACGAUCGGCACCGCCGUUCAAGAAUUAUCAAGCGUUAAUCGACAACUGCUAAGAAGUGAACUUAUUCUUCAAGAGGCUGUCUGUCAGUUACGUAGCGCCGGUAAUCGAACGAAGGAUACUUCAAACGCUUUACAUCAACUCAUAGAUGCCAAUUUUAUACAUUCUAUUAAAACUUAAUUUAUGUAAAUAUAUAUGAUACUUAUUAGAAUAU